UAACUAUAUAUGAAUAUAGUAUUUACAUAUUUGUGUGUUGGGGGGAGAGGGGCAGGAGUGGCUCCUCUCUAUCUUUGUGCAAUUCUUGCUACCUGGGUCCCCACAACAGCCUUGCUUAAGUCCAGAAUGAAUACAGUCUCUAGAAAAAAAUUUCAGCUUCUGCUUUUGGUCUUCACUUUAAUUUCUGGGGCUCAAAUUUAGUCCUAGGAUCUAGGAAGCAGAGAGUGAGUCAUUUCUUCCACUGUCUCCUACAAACACAAUUUCAGUUGAAAAUGGAGAAUUGGUAAAUAGGAGGCAGUAUCAAGACCAUGUGAUUAUCUGUACCCCCGUGUGGUGACAGCGCUGCGUGUGGAUGCUGGAGGGUGAGGCCUUGGUCAUCAAGCUCCAGGACUGAGAACCGGAUGCUUGGUCCCUGGUCUUCUGGCCCCGCUGCGAGGUGGGAGUCCUUCGCCUGGUGUCCUGUUCCCAAGGAUUCUGAGGCCAAAUGCUUUUCAGACUCACACUUACCACGGUGUGGGGUUCUGGGCUGAUGGGGUUUUGAAGAAGCAAGCCUCAAGAUUAGCUUUUUUUAAUGUGUAAUUUACAAACAAGGAAACGCACACAUUAAGUGCACAGACGGGAGAUUCUGACAAAUGCAUAGGCCCACGGAGCUGCAGCCCUAACAGAAGCGCAUUUCAUCUCCCAGAAGGUGCCCCACCCCUACCUGCCGAUCGGAACGCUGCCCUCAAGCGGCGGCCGCAUGGCCCACGUGUUCGUGUACGGGACCCUGAAGACGGGCCAGCCCAACCACCGGGUGCUGCUGGACGGCGCCCACGGGCGCGCCACCCUCCGGGGCCGGGCCCGCACGCUGGAGCCGUACCCGCUGGUGAUCGCGGGGGAGCACAACAUCCCGUGGCUGCUGCAGCUGCCAGGGCACGGCCGCUGCGUGGCCGGGGAGGUCUAUGCCGUGGACGAGCAGAUGCUGCGCUUCCUGGAUGAGUUCGAAGGCUGCCCGGACAUGUACCAGCGCACGCGGCUGACGGUCGCCGUGGAGGGGCCGGCCGGCGGGACCGUGCAGUGCUUCGCGUACAGCACGGCCACCUACCCGCCCGAGUGGCUCCAGCUCCCGCACCUCGAUGAUUACGACUCGCAGGGGGAGCACGGGCUGCGCUACAAUCCGCGGGAAAACAGAUGAGAAGUGCAGGGGUUCGGUAGCGGGGGACCCAGAGCCCGGCGGUUACAGACCUCAGCCGGGCUGCACUCAGUGCCAAAGCCCCCUAACGCCCUUUGAAACAUUUGCAAAACUCUUACCCGUUCGUGGGGCGGGGGUGGUGGAUCUUUUGCAAUGGCAGCCCAUUUCCCAAAUAAUUUUGAUUGAUAUAUUGAUAAGAUUGUUUCCUGAAAUCUGUCUGGCUCCUGCUGCUUGAUUGCUUGCUGUUUAAAGAGCAUCAUGGGCUUGAAUGUACCCGAUGAGAAAAAUUCAGGAUUUUAAUUCUCCUGACAUUUUGAAAACUCAUGUUAUCGUGCUUUUCUUAACGUGUUUUUUCCUGCUUUGCUUUAAUCUGAAGAUAACAUUUAAAGUGAAUGUAAGACUUUGUGUGGCUGCUAGAUUUCAGCAGCCCUGCUGUAUUGAUUCAGACCUGUAGCCCUGAGAAAAAAAUUUUAGAAGCUGAUUUUAGAUGUCUCGAUGUAAUAAAAGAACCUCACAACCUGCUGUAUUGUAUUCUAGAGUCGUUUUGAGUAUUACACUACUCUUCAUAAUUGUCAGAUCACGUUUCUGCAGAUUAUGUAAGAUGAUCAUUUAAAAUAAAACCAGAUGUUGUAGAAAAUUAAAA